UGGCAGGGCCAGGCUGAGCUUAUCAGUCUCCCAGCCCAGCCCCUGCCCACACACAUAUAUAGACCAGGGAAGAAGAGCUGGACACCCAGACUGUCGGAGAGCUCCGGGGAGGUCACCCACACCCUUCAGGAUGAAAGCUGUGGUGCUGGCCCUGGCUCUGGUCUUCCUGACAGGGAGCCAGGCUUGGCACGUAUGGCAGCAAGAUGAACCCCAGUCCCAAUGGGACAAAGUGAAGGAUUUCGCUAAUGUGUAUGUAGAUGCGGUCAAAGACAGCGGCAGAGACUAUGUGUCCCAGUUUGAAUCCUCCUCCUUGGGCCAACAGCUGAACCUGAAUCUCCUGGAAAACUGGGACACUCUGGGUUCAACCGUUGGUCAGCUGCAGGAACGGCUGGGCCCAUUGACUCGGGACUUCUGGGAUAACUUGGAGAAAGAAACAGAUUGGGUGAGACAGGAGAUGAACAAGGACCUAGAGGAAGUGAAGCAGAAGGUGCAGCCCUACCUGGACGAAUUCCAGAAGAAAUGGAAAGAAGAUGUGGAGCUCUACCGCCAGAAGGUGGCGCCUCUGGGCGCCGAGCUGCACGAGAGCGCGCGCCAGAAGCUGCAGGAGCUGCAAGGGAGACUGUCCCCUGUGGCUGAGGAACUUCGCGACCGCUUGCGCACACACGUAGACACGCUGCGCACAAAGAUAGCGCCCCACAGCGACCAGAUGCGCGAGAGCCUGGCCCAGCGCCUGGCUGAGCUCAAGAGCAACCCUACCUUGAACGAGUACCACACCAGGGCCAAAACUCACCUGAAGACACUUAGCGAGAAAGCCAGACCCGCGCUGGAGGACCUGCGCCAUAGUCUGAUGCCCAUGCUGGAGACGUUUAAGACCAAAGUCCAGAGUGUGAUCGACAAGGCCAGCGAGACCCUGACUGCCCAGUGAGGCGCCCGCUUCCACUCCCCACCCAAGCAUGGGCUUUCUUACAAUAAACCUUUCCAAAAUGGAA